CCUCAGCCCAGACUCACACAUACACAUUUCACACUUCUACUGUAAAAUACACCGCUCGGCCACACUCGCACGGCUCUCAAUUCAUUUAGUCCAGCUUUAAAAUACCUGCGACGUUUUAGGUAGUACAUCUUAAAUAAAUAAAACAUGGAGUCUCCUCCCGAUCCAGCGAGCGACCCGGGCAACAGCGCCACGGAGCCGGCUACCCCGGUCAGGGACACCCCGGUAAACCUGGAGACUCUCCGAAAAGCCGAGCACCAAGCCCCCGUCCGGAGGCAGAGCUGCAGCAGCACGAACCGAGGUAUUUCAGUGACAAAGAAGACACACACUUCUCAAAUCGAAAUUAUUCCUUGCAAGAUCUGCGGAGAUAAGUCGUCUGGCAUCCACUAUGGUGUGAUAACGUGCGAGGGCUGCAAGGGCUUCUUCCGGAGGAGUCAGCAGAGCAACGCGGCGUACUCCUGCCCCCGGCAGAAGAACUGCCUGAUCGACCGCACCAGCCGCAACCGCUGCCAGCACUGCCGCCUGCAGAAGUGCUUGGCCGUGGGCAUGUCGCGAGACGCUGUCAAGUUCGGCCGCAUGUCGAAGAAGCAGCGGGACAGCCUGUACGCGGAGGUACAGAAGCACCGGCUGCAGCAGCAGCAGCGGGACCACCAGCAGCAGCCGGGUGAGGCCGAGCCGCUCACGCCCACCUACGGCUUGUCCGCCAGUGGGCUCACCGAGCUGCAUGACGACCUCAGCGGCUACAUGGACGGCCACACGCCGGACGGCGGCAAGCCAGACUCGGCCAUCAACAGCUUCUACCUGGACAUCCAGCCGUCGCCGGACCAAUCGGGCCUGGACAUCAACGGCAUCAAGCCCGAGCCCAUCUGCGACUUUGCGCCAGGGUCCGGCUUCUUCCCCUACUGCUCGUUCACCAACGGGGAGACCUCUCCCACCGUGUCCAUGGCAGAGCUUGAACAUCUGGCACAGAACAUCUCCAAGUCCCACAUGGAGACGUGUCAGUACUUGAGAGAGGAGCUUCAGCAGAUGACCUGGCAGGCCUUCCUGCAGGAGGAGAUGGAAAACUACCAGAACAAGCCCCGGGAAGUCAUGUGGCAACUGUGUGCGAUCAAGAUUACCGAGGCUAUUCAGUACGUGGUGGAGUUUGCCAAACGCAUCGAUGGCUUCAUGGAGUUGUGCCAGAAUGAUCAAAUAGUACUCCUGAAAGCAGGUUCUUUGGAGGUUGUGUUUGUGCGAAUGUGCCGUGCCUUCGACUCCCAGAACAACACCGUCUACUUUGAUGGGAAAUAUGCAGGGCCUGAUGUCUUCAAAUCAUUAGGCUGCGACGACUUGAUCAGCUCCGUCUUUGAGUUUGGAAAAAACCUGUGUUCUAUGCACCUGUCUGAGGACGAGAUCGCCUUGUUCUCUGCGUUCGUGUUGAUGUCGGCAGAUCGGUCCUGGCUUCAGGAGAAGGUGAAGGUGGAGAAACUGCAGCAGAAGAUCCAGCUGGCCCUUCAGCACGUCCUGCAGAAGAACCACAGGGAGGACGGGAUACUAACAAAGUUGAUAUGCAAAGUGUCGACACUGCGAGCACUGUGCAGCAGGCAUACAGAGAAGCUGACGGCCUUCAAAGCAAUAUACCCAGACAUUGUGCGCACCCACUUCCCCCCGCUGUACAAGGAGCUGUUCGGCUCGGACUUCGAGCAGUCGAUGCCCGUGGACGGCUAGUGACCACCGCGGCGGCGAGAGCCCUGUCCGCAUCGCUGGGAGGAGCGGAGCGGAGCACAUCUGAGACACUUUACCGGUGCCCGGCGUGAGCCAGGACAGCCAGCA